AUGGAUUGCAUUACCCCAGGAAAGCGUGUAAUUUUCAACCCGGAGCAAUUCAUCCGGUUCAGCAUUGACGAGCACGGCCGGCGUACCGGUGGGUCCGAUUUCCCAGUGCCCUUGCGCUUACAGGGAAACGCGAGGGUGACGAGGAAGUUGCAGUUGUGCCGCGUUCAUGCAUCUCCUAUUGAUUCAUUUCGGCGCUCGGAUCUGGACGAUUUUGCGGCUUUGGUGUUGCCUGAGCCUGUAGCCGGUGCCAAAAAUAGCGAACGAGACUCAGGUCAAAAAGGCCACUCAAACCAAAUCGUACUAGCCACACCAAAUCGAAUUUACCAACCGAGGACCACAAUCUUCAUCCAAAGACGGCAUUCUCAGGCAGCCACAACGAAAGACCAAUUUUCCACCAGCGCCACAUUCACCAGCCCUCGUACGGAUGAAGUCAAGCUGAAUCUCGUGAGAUGUGGACAAAAAUGUCCGCAACCCUCCCGCAAUUAUACCUCAACCCCGGCACAUGGGCUCGCCGCCCUUCCAAGGUUCGUAUACGUUCCCACCAAAUGGGUUCUUGGCUCAAUAUGUUUCACGUCACCAGAAUGUAAAAUGCCGGGGGGUCAGCCACCAUCAACAAUCCCGCAAUAUCAUCCAAAUCUCGGACUUGGAUUCGGGUCGGUAUUUUUUGAAGGAUCAACGGAUAGUUAUCUGCUGAAAGUUACUCCGUCAACGACUCGGAACCUAGUUGGGAAUUAUUCUGUUGGGAUUUGCCUCAACUAUCGAUCUCCUGCUCUUUUCAAAGACAUGAGAACAGACGUACUUAAUAAUCCUUUAAGAGUUGCUCAAGGCCCCAUAUCAUCGUACUUCAACAGCAUCAAAUCGCAGCGUGACUUUUUGAAGUCCUUCAAUAGGGCGAUUCUUCGACGCAUGUCAGACUGUGCAAGCUCGGACAUAAACUCGGUUCGAACCAUCUUACUCACCAAUGCGGGAAGAGAGCGACAACAAGUGAUCAGUUUUAGUAUAUUCUGCAGGCCACAACUGUCUCCACAAUUCCAUCAAACACCUGGCCUGCUAGCCAAUUUCUAUUCAAGUACAGUUUUACGCACUAUACUAGAAGGCCUGAAGCCUUGUCCUGCGGAGCAGUUAUACCAGUGCGGAUUGCAUACAUGGUGUGUGAGUUCAAGGAGGGGUGUAAGGAUGGGCGGAGGAGUUUAUGGAACGAGGCGAUUUCGAGCCCCUGGGAAUGUCAUAUGGAUGGACGUAGCUUGUGCAUCAGCUGCCAAUCCCCUGACUGAUCUACCGAUCUAUCUCCGAGAUCCAAUUGGCAUACGAAGAAUCGCCACGAGCUCUCCUCCCGUUCACGUGGAUUGGUGUGUACUGUCAUCUUCUAUCGAUCUUGAAAAGGUUUCCUUAUUUUCAAGACCAGCAACCUGUCGGCCUACCCCUUUCUCGAACGGCUUUCUAAACAUAUUGAAAUGCCGCUUCUACAAUUGCUUUAAUAUUGAAUCAACCUUCGGGAACAAGCCCCCUGAGCAUAUGUUCGUAGCCUCGAUGAUAGUACUAGAGAAGAAGCUAAUGCCGUCAACCUACUCCAGUGAAACCCCUAAGGCGCCACCUUCUUCCGUUGAAAUGUUUAAACUAUCAAGCCCACCAGCAGGGAUCUUGUAUACUCUGCCUAGUAGACAAUGUGUUAUUGCUAUCCAUAUCAAUCGACUGGUCGAACUUGACGGCUCCGACAUAUUGAACGAAGAGAAUGAGCUAGCGCAUCACUUUGAGGUUCGUAUCUGCGAUGCUCUAGCAUAUAGUCCCAGAAUAGAUGCUGUGGCAAUUGCGCUUGGGUUGAGGGCGAUAGACAAACAGAUGGAGGCCGUAUACAUGAAGAUGCAGAUUUCGAUGCCGAAUUCCUGUCUGUUUUAUCUGGAACCGUUGAUCUGCUUCAUAUCUAUGGUGGAAGGAGGAAAUUCAUGGAAUGAAAUUCAACCCUUGACUACUUGCUGGGAGUUGGACGGCAGCCAGAGUAAUGAUAUCCCCUGCCCAUAUAAAUGCCCCCAAACUUCCUUCAUAAUUACGGAAGUGAUACUAGACCACGGUGCUGAUGUGGACUCAUUCUGCCUGGGCGAUUUUCGCAUAACAGCUAUGGCUAGAGCCAUUGAUUGGGCGGUCCCGGCAUCUGUUGAAGAGACGUUACAGUGGAGGUCACCAGAGGCAUCUUAUCUCUUAAUCUUCAUCCAAUUCAGAUCGGAUACAAUAGCUGUCUACUUCCCAUCUUUCUAUCUUUCUCUGCUUUUUCCCAUCCUCACCAACUCUAUUCCAAUCCCUCCCAAUCUCCAAUCCCUUAACCCAAAAUUCCCCCUCCAACACAUCGACCGCCAAAUCCUCCAUUUUCAGUUUCCUCAAUUGCUUCAUAUUCGCCCUUGCCAACGCAUCAUGAACGCCAUUUCAUUCCCUUCAAUCAUCAUGCAGAGUUGUACCCACUCCGGUAUAGGCCGAAGCCCGUGGGCCGAAGCCAGGGACAUGUUGAAGAAGGGAAUAUUAACCCCUGAAGCACAACAUCAACCUAAUAAGAGGAGGAAUAUGUUUUCCGACAUAGAGGUCGACCCAUCCAAAUGCAUUCCCUUCCAAGUCUUCGUGGGUUCCGCCAAUGCUAUCGAAUGUAAUUACACCAUCGACGGCCUUUACCUUUUAGAUUUACCCUUAUUCGCAUCGCUCUUUCAAAUAAGCUCCUCACAUGAUGUACACAUCGUACCCCCAGUGGUACCGGCAUCACUCGUAGAGCUGCCCAUAUACAUCGUAGGUAUCUUUUCAUCUCUUGAGAUCUAG